UGAACAAUGGAUUAUCAAUCGAGCAUCUUCCAGGACAAUAACCCCAUGGAGAAUCUGGAAAAACAGCUGAUCUGCCCUAUUUGCCUAGAGAUGUUCUCCAAGCCUGUGGUCAUCCUACCUUGCCAGCAUAACCUCUGCAGGAAAUGUGCUAAUGACAUUUUUCAGGCUUCAAAUCCAUACUGGCAAACAAGCCGAGGAACCACCAUAUCUGGAGGGCGGUUUAAGUGUCCCUCUUGCCGACACGAAGUCAUCUUGGACCGCCAUGGAGUCUACGGCCUCCAGAGGAAUCUGCUGGUAGAGAAUAUCAUCGAUAUCUAUAAACAAGAAUAUUCAAGCCGUCCCCUCAAGAAGGGAAACCACCCAAUGUGCAAGGAACACGAAGAUGAAAAGAUCAACAUCUAUUGCUUGACCUGUGAGGUUCCUACCUGCUCUAUGUGCAAAGUCUUCGGAGCACACAAAGAUUGUGAAGUGGCGCCUCUGCAAAGUGUCUUUCAGGGACAGAAGACUGAGUUAACCAACUGCAUCUCCAUGUUGGUAGCAGGGAAUGACAGGGUGCAGACGAUCAUCAGCCAGCUGGAGGACUUGUGCAAAACGACAGAGGAGAACAGUCGGUUGGCUAAGCAGUCUUUGUGCGAGAAGUUUGAAGCUCUCAUUGCUGUCCUUGAGGAGAAGAGGACGAACCUUCUGCAGCGCAUCACCAAGGAGCAGGAGGAGAAGGCUGGGUUCAUGCAGAACCUCAUCCAACAGUAUAAAGAGCAACUGGAGACAUCCAGCAAGCUGAUUGAGAGUGCCAUUCAGUCUAUGGAGGAAGAAGGAGGAGCCGCUUUUCUCAUGACUGCCAAGCAACUUAUUAAAACAAUUGUGGAUGCAUCAAAAGGUGGCCAGUUGGAGAAGAUCGAGACAGGCUUUGAAAACAUGGACUACUUCACUGUAGAUUUGGAAAGUAUCACAGAAGCCUUGAGAAGCAUUGACUUCGAAGCAGAUGAAGAUGAUGAUGAACUGAAUGAGGAAGACGAAACAGAAGAGGAACAGCCAGUUGGACAAACAGAUGGUAAGAAACAAGCGGAAAAUAUUAAGUACACAGUAACCAAGAAAGAACUUGAGAUUCCAAGGAGAAAGCAAGCAGAAUAA